CUCUCUGAGGUUUUGCUCAGCGCCUUGAAUCAAAACCUUGUCCAGUUCACACUGCGGCCAGGGGUCCAAGUGACUGUUUAUGCAGCACACCUAUCAGCAGCGCCCCUAGUGGACACCAGCGAGAACCACAGUGGCUCUGCCAUGCUAAUGCUGUUAUCAGUUGUGGUUGUGGGUUUAGCUGUAUUUGUCAUCUACAAAUUCAAGAGGAAGAUCCCAGGCCUCAACGUCUAUGCGCAGAUGCAGAAUGAAAAAGAACAAGAAAUGAUGAGUCCAGCUAAUCCAACAGAGGCCACGCCCAGCUCACAGCGGGACUUGGUGCAUUCUUUGGAGAUUCUGGACACAGAGUUUAACUCACGGCCCAUCGGAUGUAUGAAACCUCAUGUACAUGUGAAAUUCUCCACAGAACUCCCCACAUACAUCGUCUGAACUCUGGACUGGAUUACCACUCCAGCUGUGUCAUGGAUAUUUUUUUACCAUUUGGGACACAAUGGUUUUGAGCUUUAUACCUGUGCAUGCUGGACCCUGCUGACACAUACUGUGCUCUGUUCAAACCAGAAGAAACUGUGUACAGGUUUUCUUUUAACAUCAUGUCUGAUACAUUAAACAUUUAAAAAAUUUCAUUUAUUUAAACAAGUCAGAUACAUAAUCCAGAAGGGAUGCCAGCAUGAACUAGCGAAGGGAAAAUUGUCAUAAGCAACAAUGUUUUGACUUUGCUUAUAUAGAUAAGAUUGGUUUGCUGUUCUAUGAAGCAAACAGCAGUAGUGUAUUAUUUAUUCAUAUAAAUAUACUUUUAUGAAGUAUGUUAUUGAAGUGAAUUACACAUUUAUUUUGUAAGUCAUAAAUGUCUAUGUUAGAAAUGUGUAUUUUAAUAACAUGUCAUACUAAACAUAAAUGCUGUUAUAAAAAAUGAAUAGGGUAUUUCAAAGCUUUUUGUUCAUUGUCUCUUGGAAAGCUGAUUUAUGGCACAAUACACAUUUUCUACUGAAAUAUUUCUUUUUUUCUGAUUUUAAUUUAUUAACAAAAUACGGGGUUUGGUUUUCUGGAUUAAUUUAAACUUUGCUGUUAAUCUAAUGCUUCUGGUACUAUUUAUGAUACAUACCAGUUUGUAAAAUGUUUUGUGCUUCAGCAUCUUCUGACUACAACUGAUCCCCAAAUAUCACAAGACAUUACACCUUUUAGGAACAGAAGAACAAACUGGGGGGACAGCAGGAGGACUAUCCCACAAAGAAAAAUAUUCCAAAGUUGUAGUUAGCCACAUCCCAAUCUACAGCCAACAUCCCUACUGGAGGCAGAGAACAAUUUAUCAAGGCAAAGAUUUAAGGUGGCAGUUGGAAUGAGAAACAACUACUUUGUGAGAGUAUCCAAAGAGUAUGGCAUUGAGGAAGAGAGAGGCAGAGAGAGAGGUUAAGAGAGAUGGAAGAGUGCAUUUUUGGGGCAUGGUGCAUUAAGAGUGUUGUAUUGGACAGAAAAAAGAAGAGGUUGACUUCUUGAAUCCUUAAUGUGGCCAGUCAAGCUCAAGGCUGGCUAAGGUUGGUGACACAUUUAGGCUAAUGUCCUGACCCACUCUCGAGUAGCAGCCAUCUUCAUCCCAGCUCAUUAUAUCGUGCUGUAGGAACAAGAGAACUAGAGCGCAGAUGCUACCAGGCUAUAUGGAUGGUUAGCUUGUUCAGAGGACUGUCAAGCCCUGUGGUACUUUGUGUGCAAAAUCUGACAGAUGUAAAUGCCUGAUUGAUGCCUUUCAAAUCUUCCAAGGCAAUUUUUCUGGAUUUGUUUUUUUUCCUCUCUUUUUACAUUGAGGAGGUAUGGACACAAAGAGAGUGUGGUUUUGUCUGUUUCAGAUGGUAUUUUCCACAAUUGUUCAGCUGUGUCUGCGCAGAAAUUGCCCAAAUAUGCACCUACGCGCAAAGAGUAGAGGAUGUAACUCUGGACCAUACAGAAGAGCAGUGAUUAUACACUUAAAUGCAACACUUUGUGUAACAUUGCCUCAUUUGACCUGCUUAACAACAAACACCCAUUUAACACUGUGUCAAGUAAGGAGAAGUUUGUCCCAUUUCUUUUACGAUGGGACAUGAGUUAAUAGGUUCUCAAAUAAUUGUGAGAUGCCAAGAGAGGUGGACUUGACCACAUUUCCUUAUAGCUCUGCAAUGAUUAAAAAAAAAAUGAGGAGCAAACAUGAUAAAAAUGUUACUUUUCCUGGAAUGUUGGUGCACAUGAAAGCUUGGAAAUGGAUGUUGAGAUGUCCUGUGUAUACACAGAGAUACAAAGGGCCUGAAGCUUGCAGGUAUCUUUGUGUGAGCAGAGUUAACUUUCAUAUUGAGCUCCAAUUGAGCAGUCAUUUUACAGUUACUACACUGGCACAUGACAAAGCAUGUCAUUUGUUGGAUGUAUUCCCCACUGUGUUCCUUGCAUUGUUUUUGUUGCUAGUUAGAGUUUUAUUGUAGAGAACAGGAAAGCCAUUGACCAUGAUGAUCAGCUUUGUAUACAUUUCUUUGAAGUAUGUUUAACAAUUACAUGCUUCAGUUUGACAACAGAAUCAGAGCAAGCAUGAUUGGUUGUUACCAGGUUUUGUCUGGUACAUCAGAAUUUAUGUAAAGGGACACCUUUCUUUACUUCCCUGGGAUGGAUUGCUGGGUGCCUCUUGAAUUUUAGUAGUGUUGGGGUGGCAAGCAUCAAGAGUCUACCACAGUAGAUACUUGUGUUUUGACAUGUAUCACACAUGACAUGCUAGUGUGCGCUGCCCUCAAAGACUGACAUUUACUAGAACAUGCACUGUUAUCUGUUACAGCAGUUAAAAUUUUUAUAUAAGCUGUAAUAAAUCUGUUUAAAAAGAAGUGUUUAUAUUCCAGAGCUGCAUGCUAGGAUGAUUUGGUAACAAUUCAACUUCCAUCUUCAUGUCCAUUGUAGCUGUGUGUAUACAUCUGAGGUUGCAGGAUACAAAUUGCACUCUAGUAUGAGGUGAUUUAUAUUAUCCCAUUGCAUGGUAUUAUAAGGGUGGUUUAACAUGCUGGUGGUUGGAUUUUUGUUAAUCAGAAACAUCAAUGAAAUAUCUCAGACAUGUAGCAAUACAAAAACGGGACUGGAUUCCCCACACUUAAGGAAAUUUUAGAAGGAUGUAAAGUUCUAUACUAGUAAAUACAAAUUUCUCUGUCUGGCUCUGAUUUUAACAGCUUAAGGGAGACAUACAGUACAGCAGCCUGUAACCACAGACCCAUGGUACAAAACAGCAGACUGCUAAUCCUAACCUCCACCCCAGGAAGAGGAAAUGACUGUGGCCAGACUAGAUCAGGAGGUCAAUCAUAAUAAAAGCAUCUUCUGUCUUUGAGUUUUGCUAGGAUGAAGACAAGUUGAACAGACAGGAAGUCCU